UAGAGCGGGGGAAGCUGGGAGGCAGGACUCCUGGGUUCUAUGCCUGGCACUGGGAGGGCAGUGGAGUCUGGUGGGUUAGAAUGGGGGAUGGGGGCUGGGAGGCAGGACUCCUGGAUUCCGACCCCACUCAGGCUGUUCCCUGAGUUGAGAGCCCUAGCGUGACAUAUGGGAAGGGGGGUCUGAGAGUGGAGCCUGACUGGCCCCAGCUCAGCAGAGAUGGGUGGCUGCUUCCGUCAGACCGGCCCCUCCCCACACUUCCAUCUGCCCUCCCCACCUGGCCGCCAGUAACUCAGCCCCUCCCGCAUCCCUUAGCAGCUGCUGCCCCAUUGUGGCUCAUGGCCAGGGGCAGGCGGGCUUGGGCUGUGCUGCGCAAUCUGGCUUUCUAUUCGCACAGCCCCCCCAUCCUCCACCUCCACCCCCGAUUUCCUGGCCUGGGGAGCGCACACAUAGGCCUAGAUUGACUUCUGUAUGGGGGCAGCUCCAGUCAGGCCACCAGGGCUGCGUGUAGGGGGGCAAAUUGCGAGCUUGUCCAAGGCCUGUAGGGCUGGGCCGGCCGAGGGUCACCGCUGUGCUGGGCGCCUGUCCUGGUAUCUGUUCAGAUCUUGCACAGCUUGCCACGCUGGCCAGAGCUCAUCAGCAGAGGUGACCAUGCAGAGCUCAUCAGCAGAGGUGACCAUGAUGGAGUCCCAGAAUUGCAAAAGAGCUCCAGCAUGGAACGAACGGGAGGUACGGGAUCUGAUCGCUGUAUGGGGAGAGGAAUCCGUGCUAUCAGAACUCCGUUCCAGUUUUCGAAAUUCCAAAACAUUUGUCAAAAUCUCCCAGGGCAUGAAGGACAGAGGCCAUAACAGGAACCCAAAGCAGUGCCACGUAAAACUUAAGGAGUUGAGGCAAGCCUACCAGAAAACCAGAGAGGCAAACGGCCGCUCCGGGUCAGAGCCCCAAACAUGCUGCUUCUAUGAUGAGCUGCAUGCCAUUUUAGGGGGUUCAGCCACCACUACCCCAGCUGUGUUGUUUGACUCCUUCAAUGGAGAUGGAGGCAACACAAAAGCAGGUUUUGGGGACGAGGAAGAUGAUGAUGAUGAAGUUGUAGAUAGCUCACAGCAAGCAAGCGGAGAAAUCGGUUUUCCCGACAGCCAGGAACUGUUUCUCACCCUGGACCUGGAGCCAGUACCUGCCGAACCCACCCAAGGCUGCCUCCCGGACACGCCAGGAGGAGAAGGACCUCUGCUGCAUGUGUUUCAAUGAUCACAGGAUCUUCUCCUUUCCAGAGGCUAGUGAAGAUUAGAAGGUGAAAAAAACGCACUCGUGAUGAAAUGUUCUCUGAGCUCAUGCUGUCCUCCCACACUGACAGAGCACAGACGAAUGCGUGGAGGCAGACAAUGUCAGAGUGCAGGAAAGCACAAAAUGACCGGGAGGAGAGGUGGCAGGCUGAAGAGAGGGCUGAAGCUGAAAGGUGGCGGCAGCGUGAUGAGAGGAGGCAGGAUUCAAUGCUGAGGCUGCUGGAGGAUCAAACUAAUGCGCUCCAGCGUAUGGUUGAGCUGCAGGAAAGGCAGCAGGAGCACAGACUGCCGCUACAGCCCCUGUGUAACCAACCGCCCUCCUCCCCAAGUUCCAUAGCCUCCUCACCCAGACGCCCAAGAAUGCGGUGUGGGGGCCUCCGGCCACCCAGCAACUCCACCCCAGAGGAUUGCCCAAGCAACAGAAGGCUGGCAUUCAAUAAGUUUUAAAGUUUUAAACUUUUAAAGUGCUGUGUGUCCUUGUCCUUUCCUCCUCCACCACCCCUCCCGCUGCUUCUCUCCUCCACCACCCCUCCCAGGCUACCUUGGCAGUUAUCCCCCUAUUUGUGUGAUG